CUUUUUUUUCGUGGCCCAUGACUGGGUUUCUAUAAAAUAAGAUGGACCAACUUGAUCAGCUUGAGUGUCUGUUCUGGGGUCAGUACUUCAGCAGCAAUGUCGGGUUGCCAUCACCGAAGAAGGGGCUUCACAUGUUAACCGAGAAGUGGAGUCGCACGCUGCAACAGCUCGACAUCGCAAACCAGCUCUUCGCCGAGGAGGACUUGGAGAUGGCGAUGAGUCACCUCGCUCACGGCACAGAGGCAGAUACUCUUCGCUCACUAAACCUGAGUGGGACCAGGAUCACACCGCCGGCCCUCAGGCCGGUCGUCGGCCAAAUGACUGCUCUCAGCUACCUCAACCUUUCAUCCUGCCGUUAUCUUCCACGAGGACUGAAGAGAAUUUAUCGUGGCCACGAGGACGUUCGCCAGCUGCUCGACAAAUUGGAGUAGAUGUCACAUUCAUUUGGUUCCAAAAGUAGUUCCAGGCUUAGGUGAAUGCCUUAAAACACGCCUCUUUGUGAAUCACGUGGUUAUGAUGAAAUGUUGUUUAGAUAUUUUAAAUUUACUUGUAAAUGUCUUCUUAUAUAUAUGUGUACCAUACGCAUAAACAGUUGAUGUUACUGUUCUAGAAAGCAAGGGUGUGGAAUCCACUGAGAACCGGUUGCUGCUCAAUUACUUAAUCCAAGGUAAGAGCACGGUCGACUCUACAUGUAGCUGAAGGGGUGACAUUGACAUGUUGCAAUUUAAUACAUUUAUAUGAAUUACCUUAACUGUUAAUUUACAGGGAUAUUUAGUUGUGUGUACCUGGGUUUCUUUUCUUUUUCUUUUUUUAAAAUACAUUUUUACACCAAGUUACAAUGAUACCAGACAA